CGAGACUACCUAGAAAACUAAGUAACGCUCUAAGCCUAUAACUAUAAAGUUAGCUGAAAACCCUAAUUUCAGGUGCGCCGAUCUCUCUCCGCCACCAUCCGCCACUCCUCCGCCGCCGCGCGACGAGCAAUUGAGGCCGAUCUAGCAAGUUUUCACGCUACCCUAAUUCCAUCGACUAUCUGCAGGAAACCAUUUCUGAACUCCCCAGAAAAUUUCAACAAAAAUUAGAAGUUUCCCCGUUGAGAAAGUUAGCUGCUUUGGACCUCGAUCGCCUGCUGUUAGAUGAAGCCUAUCUUCUGCCAUAUGAUGUUUGGGACAUUGCGCAAGGGCUUUGAGUUCCUCCGCCUGUUCAUGUUUGUUCAGACGGGACAGUGAAAGAAUCAUAUAGAUAUCCAUCUGAUGCUAAUAACACGUACACCAGCCUCGAGAUAGAAGUGAAAAGGUCCGAUGAAGCACAUUGUAAAGAUUAUGGCGUUGCUGGUAGCUCUGUCAGCUGUCUGGAUUAGUUUGUUACAAAUGUCAGUCCUUCCAAAGAGCUAUACUUGGUUGCUGCCACUCUACUUCAUUGUAUCACUCGGAUGUUACGGUCUCUUGAUGGUCGGGGCUGGUCUAAUGCAAUUUCGAACUUGCCCACACGAGGCUAUCCUAUUGCAACAGGAUGUUGUUGAAGCCAAGGAAUUCCUGAAGGGGAAAGGGGUGGAUGUUGGCGUGAAUUGAUCGAUGUGAUUUGGCGAAGAUUUUUUGCUGGGUGGAGAUCUCGAACUCUCUCACUAUUGUUCAUAUUUGGAAGCUCUGCAGAUCAUCAACUAACUCAUCACACAGUUGAGAUUACACCAGAGUUGAGCCAAACCUUCUUUAGUUGUGUUAAAGAAAAUAUGAGUACCAAUUUUUUGUUGGAUGAAUUGGUGUUUGGUUUUGUAGAAAAGUACAGAUUAUAUUAGAAGUUUCCUCAUGCCUGAAUAGUACUUUACACAGUUCACUCAUUUC